CAGCAACAGGAGGUGAAACCAAACCUGGCGGGUCCUUCUUGCGUCUGCAAUAUGCCCGGAGAGCCGUGUGCUGCGGGCAGUACUCUCGGAGAACUUGACGAGCUGGCUUUGUUCAAACAACAACAACAGCAGCAGCAGCAGCAACAAUUCAAACAGGGGAGUGACAUUAUGAGCUUCCUUUUACGCUCCGUCAGUGGUUCCAACCUGCCGACGAGAGGGCUCCUGGAACCCCUGCGUGCCCUUCCUACGCCUCCAGUUGGUGCAUCACAGGCCUUUCCCAUGCCCCAGUUUGACCAUUGGGGUUGUCUAGAGGCUCCGAGGGAGGAAUGUGGUGAGCGUGGGGCUGGUGAUGAUGAUGAUGAUGAUGAUGAUGAUGAUGAUGAUGAUGAUGAUGAUAAUACUGAGGUUGAUGAUGAUGAUGAUGAUGAUGAUGAUGAUGAUGAUGCUGAGGAUAGUAAGUAG